AUGAGCUUUCAAAAUAACCUUAAAAAUAGCGUUGAAAAGUCCAAAAUCGAUACUGAAACAUCGAACAAACAAGGCAGUUUGGGUUAUGAAAAUGCUAUCCUCAAUACUUCAUUGGACAUAUCUGAGAAUAGAGCAGGUAAUGCAGAUGCUGAAGAAAGAAGAAUCGUAAAACAUUGGUAUGAUGGUUUUGUUCGUCUAUUUUUAUGGUAUCCCUCAUAUUUAGAUGGGGAGGAGAAGAAAUUAUUAUUUAAGUUGGAUUUUUGUAUUCUCACUUAUGUCUGUUGCUCUUAUUUUACAAAAUCAUUGGACAAGUCUAACAUUACUAAUGCAUAUGUAUCUGGGAUGAAAAAUGAUAUUGAAUUUACCGGUGAUGACUUGAGUUAUGCCAAAUCAUUAUAUUCCGCUGGCUAUAUAGUAUCUAUGUGCUUUGGAAUGUUAUUUGUCACAAGACCCUGGGCUCGUUACAUGCUCCCUACUUUGGAACUACUUUGGGGUGUUUUGACAUUUUGUGGGGCUGCUGUCAGGAAUUCAAGUGAUAUGUUUGCCUUGAGAUUUUUAAUUGGGUUAGCAGAAGGCCCUAUAUUCUGUACAGUCGUACAUAUUUUGGGGUCUUGGUAUAAAAGAGAUGAGAUAUAUCGUAGGGUAAUGGUGUUUUCAAUUUCUUCUAGUUUAGGUGGUAUGUUUUCUGGGUAUUUACAAUCCGCAGCUUAUGAAACUUUAAGCGGCAAGGGUGGAUUAGCAGGUUGGAAAUGGGGUUUCAUUAUUGAUGGUAUUUUCACUGUACCUAUUGCUUUAUUUGGAUUUUUUGUUUUUCCAGGGGCACCUUACCAGGUCAAAAAGGUAUGGUGGCUUUCAGCCGACGAAUUAAGGCUUGCUAAAGAAAGGAUUCAAACUUCAGGAAUUGCAACGCCCGGUGCAUUGAAUUUUAGCUUAGUGAAGAGAGUUUUUUUAAGGUGGCACGCACACUUUUUUACUGCCUUUUGGGUUUUCUUGAAUGUUUUAGCUUUACCGGAUGGCACUGCAUUCCCCUUAUGGUUACUGGCAAAUUCUCCUGAGAGAUUUUCAAUUUCACAAGUCGAUAAUUAUCCGACUAUUCAAUCGGCCGUUGGAAUUAUUGCACAAUUUUUGCUUGCAGGACUUGCUGACACGUUCUCUAUUUACCCUUUUUUGACAAUAACCCAAUGUCUAUUUAUAAUUUCUUAUUCUUCACUCGCUGCAUGGAACAUACCAGAUGGAUGGCGAUGGGUAUGUUUUUUGAUUAUCGGUUUUGAUGGAGUAAAUCAAGCUAUAAUCUCAGGUUGGGCCAACAGAAGCUGUAGACAUGAUAAUGAAGAGAGAGCAUUUGUUCUUGGGUUUUCUGAUGCUGUAUCUCAAGCAAUAAAUGUUUGGACAAACAUCGUAUUCUACCCUACAAGUGAUGCUCCAAAGUUCAGAAAAGGAUUUAUAGUAUCUUUAGUUGGUGCAAUUGUGAUGUUAUUUUUGCCCAUUUUAGGCUAUAUGGGUGAUAGGUUUGACCGAAAACAACUUGAGAACUCGCUUGAGAACUCGCAUGAAAGCGACGGAACGCAUUCGAGAAUCGAAGAAUUCAAGUAA